AUGGCCGCGUCCACCCUACGCCCUUGCGUGGAGAUUGAGCAGCGCGACGGCCUGGAGUCCGACACGGGCGGCACCCUUCUCUAUACGAUGCCCGCCCUUGUCGUCCGCGACCAAGGCUACCAGCCGCUCUUGGCUAUGGACGACUUCCCCUGCGUCCCGCCUAUUGUUUCCUUUACCGGCCUUAUCGUCGGCACCGGCCACUCCUUGCUCCGGCGGGACCUCCUGCCGGGUCUAGACGCCGCCCAGCUUAACUGUUGCGGCUUUGUCCGCCUUUCUACCUACGUCGCUCCUGGGAUGCCCAAUAAACUCCCCUUCAGGGCUUCCACCCUUCCAGCCAAGGUCGCCGGCCUGCUCCGUCAUGACGUUAUGCUCUAUCCCCCAGGCUCCGACCGGGACAACGUCUUUAUUGUCGUCCCGGAUUCUUGGACAUUUAUCGACAAGGCCGCCGCCGCCGUCACCCCAAUGACACCACUUCUCUCUACACCACAGAGGCAGCAGGCGUCCUCCCCUUCCGCGGCCUUUCAGGACAUGCGCGCUGCCUCUUUGUCUUUGGCCACCCCUUCCUAA